UGCGAAAAAUAAGGAUAGUGCUCAACACUCAACAGUGACAUAUGUGGCUGAUUUUUAAUUGAAACAACGUAACACUCUCCUUCGUGAUGUUCUAAUUUUUGUUCUCCCGAUACUGUUUGCAGCUACUUGCAACCGAAGUUGAAGAAGAUAAAAAAAAUGCAGCAAAAUUAAAUGCUUUAGUACAAAUGGUACCAUCAACAGAUUGGCCAGAGAGGAAAGAACCACCAGAGUUUUCGAAUCCUCCUAAAACCAAAUCGAAACCAACCAAAGAAAAACAUGAAUAUACAUUGCAAUCCCAUGCCGGGGAAGGGAAAAAAAUUCAUUCUUUUGCUCAAGGAGAAGGACCACCACCAGAUCCUAAAUACAACUUUCUGGCAGAUUCUGAAAGAGAAGAACCUAAUGUAGAUUAUACAAGAGAGAAUAGUGGAAAUAGAUCUCAUCAUAAAGCGACAAGAGGUAGUUUCAGAAAAAAAGUUAGUGGUAAAGAGAGUAACCACAAAGAUAAUAAACCAAACAAAGGAAAUUAUAGAGAUGAAUCUCAACCAGGAUAUGAUGCCUGGAGAGCAGAAAGGAAUCGCAUUGAUGAGGAUCGUAUUAGCAGACAAAGAACUGCAGAAGGGAAUUGGCGUCGAGAAUGGGAUAAUGAUAAAGUCCAUAUUAUCGAUGAUAUAGUAAAGAAAUCAUCGAGGCCUACGUUGGGAGAUUUUACGAAAAAGGAUCAUAAAGAUUCCGAUCGGAAAUAUUAUGUUAAUAAUAAUGAAUAUGUCAAUUACACUCGCGCUGGAAAUCAUCGUCCUCAUCGUGGUUCUACAAAAAAUUUUUAUAGCAACUACGAAAAUCGAUCACAUAAUACGUAUGAUCAACACAGAAAUAAUACAGCAGUAUCAGCGAAAACUCCUGUUUCUCCAACUUCUGAAGAAAGAACUGUUAUUGCAACUGAUAAGAGUAUCAAGGUUACAGUUAAUCAAAACAGUGUGACAAAAGGACCAGUGAUGAGUGUUAAAGUGAAUUCACCAAGCAUAGCUGGAACUGGAAGAGUCGGACCACGACAAAGAACACGUGUAACAUACAGUCAUUCAGAUAUUGAUGCUCCUUUGUCUGAAAGUGAAUCUUUCUUCCGACAAAAAUCGUUUGAGGAUAAGUCAAAGGGAACUUAUUUUAAUAAUCAAAAAUUUUCUAAUUUGAAGAGAUCUCAUUCACAAAAGAAGAAGGAGAACGAGGCAAAAUAUCAAUACCAUCCGAAAAAAGAUAUAAAAAAGGAAGAUUGCGAUGGAAAUUCAUAUAAACAUUAUGAUAAUGAAUUUAAAUCUUACACGCAAAAGGAUCAACAAAAAUCUCAUUCUAUUAAAUCAUCAAAAUCUUCAAGGGGAAAUAUGAAAAUAACAAAACCUGAUUCUUCAAGUAUGAAUGUUUCACAGAAACGCGAGCGUUCUGAUGAAGUAAAACUUGAACAAGAUAGUGAACCGAAUAUUGAACAUAAUACAAAACAAAAUUUAGAACAGAACAUUGAACAUGAUGUAGCAAAGAAUAGUAACACAUUACAGGAAAUUACAUCUGAAACCAAUGAAACAUCCAAUAUGGAAAAUGUGCAAUCAAAUGUUGAGAAUGAGAUUAUAAGCGAAAUAUUGUCAACGACAGAAGCAGAAAUUGAAGAAAUUUCCUUGACUUCAAUAUCAAACAUAGAUAAUUCUGACUAUAUCGCAAAACGUGAUUUGAAUAAAAAUAGUAUGGAGAAUAAGAACGAGUGUUCAGAUUCUUUUGUGAAUAAUAUAACAGAAGAAGAUUUGCAAAAAAAUAGUAACAUGUCUUCCGAGGUAUCAGUUCCAAAUAAUAUUCGGUCUAAUGAGGAACUUAUGACAAAUGAAAGUGACGAAGUAUUAAAUAAUGUUGAGAAAAAUACAACUCUUUUGCAUAAAGAUGAUCAACAAUCAUCAAAACAAAUUAUAAAACAGUUUAUAAAUGACGACUGUGAUAAUAUCAAAGGUGAAAUUACGGUACAACGAAGUAUAGAGGAAGUAAAUAAUUCUGUUUCUUUGUUGGAGAAUAAAACACAUUCUGUGAUAGAAACUAAUAAUCAAUUGGUAUGCAAUAAUGAAUUAGUACAAGAAAAAUUAGUACAGAAAGAAACGUUAAAUUUAGAAAAAGAAACAGAUCUUGUUCUAGAAAAUCAGAGUGAAUCAUCUGAUAAAAAUUCUGAGAAUAUGAAUUCUUGUGAGAUAAAAUCUAAGAAUUCAGUAAACGUGGAUGAAAAUUCAGUAGGAGAAAUUAUGGAGAAAAUUGAGAAAACGGAUGAAAAAGAAAUGACUGAGGAGAAUAAAACAUUGCAAUAAAUACAGUACCAAUUCUUCAUAAUACAUGUAACGGUAGUUACACCGGUACAUUUUGAUAUUAGAAACAUUUCUAAUGCUCAUUAUGAUUAAAAAUAUUGUGUUGACGUAUAAUUAGCAACAAAUUUUAUGAAAAUGCUAACUAUUGCAAGUUUCUUUUACUCGUUAGAAAUUAGAUUAUUAAUUUUCAGUUUAUGAUUUUAAAAUGUUUCAUGAUAAUAAAAGCAAGUUAUUUAAUCUCUUAACGCACUCGAAUUAAGUCGGUAUAAGAAAAUGACUUUUUUCCGCGUGCUCGAGUUAACUAAUAAGACCUGCAGUUUUGGUUUUCUAUGUUUGCUGAAUGUGACAUUCCUCUUUGUGUCAUUCCGUGUUUUAAAAUUUACUAUACCGUCGUAAAUUUAGACUAAAAGCUUAUUUUUUUAAUAUUUUUUUGAUUCUUUUCAAGUUCUUUUUUGUUGGCCGGGUUCAAUUACCUUAGUCUUUUUAGUAUAAAACAUUUUUUUGUGUUUUUUUUUUUUUU